AUGCAUAGUCAUGGCCUUUUCCUUCUAGGCAAACAACUUGGCUUUCAGACGAUUUUCGGUAAAGAUUCUAUUGAAGAUGAAACUCUAAUCAAAAUGGACACCAUACCUAACGGACAUGUUACACAUACUAAUGAACUAAAUCCAUCAUCGAGUGUUCUUUCCACAUUCUUAUCUAAUUUCACGUUUAUCACUCGUCCGCGUUCAUUAUCGCAAUCAAGAACAUGGAAAUCCUACCAAAGAAAGCAACGAAACGGUCUGAUUAAACAUUCAGAAAAGAACAGCUUAUACCACCAACUGUCAAUCGAAACGACCAAUGAUGAAAACAAUAAUCAAACGAAGACAGACAGCAAUGCUAAUUCAGUUCUUAUCGAUCUUCCACCUCGAACAUCUUCCGAAUCGAAUGAUGAUACUGAUAAAUCCAUAUUCACUCUCGAACAUUUCCUUUGGAUACUUACCGUCACACUUUUCUAUUUUGCAUGGUUUAUUUUGAUUGCCGGAAUAUCAUUCAUUCAUGUGCUUCUCUAUUUGGUCCUUAUAUCACUUUACGUUCUCUCAGAUCGUACACGACGGUUCGCGUUAGCUAUUUUGAUUUAUUUGACUUAUUUACUUUUAUAUGAUGCAUUACACUUAGUACCAAAUUAUACGAUAUCAAAGGUACACAUCCUCGAUGUUUAUUUAAUUGAAAAGAAACUUUUCGGUAUUUAUCACGACGGACAUUUAAUGACAUUAAAUGAAUAUUUUCGAUUAAAGCAUGUUCCAUUUUUGGAUGUUCUCUCGGGCAUAUGUUAUCUUAAUUGGAUUCCAAUACCAAUUAUAUACAGUCUCUAUCUUUAUCGAUAUAAGAGCAAACGUGAUUAUAUCGAUUUUGCAUUUACAUUUCUCCUAACAAACAUGCUUGGCUUUAUUAUUUACUACAUCGUUCCAGCUGCACCACCAUGGUACGUUGCAUUGUAUGGAUUCGAUAUGAAUAUGAAAGCGCCUGGUAGUCCAGCUGGUUUUAUUCAUUUUGAUCAAAUCAUCGGAGUGAAAAUCUUCUCGUCAAUGUAUUCGAAAAAUGCUAAUGUUUUUGCAGCUAUUCCAUCGUUACAUGCAGCAUAUCCAGUAAUAACUGUUCUCUAUGGAUCGCUGAGCAAGAAACUAUGGCUUCAUAUUGGUUUUGUUAUAUUUACAUUGGGUGUUUGGUUUUCAGCCGUCUAUUCUGGGCAUCAUUAUGUGAUCGACGUACUCGCUGGCGGUACAUGUGCUCUAACAGCAUUUCUACUAUAUCGUCUUUUAUCUCGUCAGCCGACAAUCAAUCGAUUACUUGUUGCAUACAGUAAAUUAAUCUAA